AUGACUCUCUAUACGGACACAAAACUUAAUUUUAUUGAUAAUAAUGUCGUUACCACAUUAAGUUCUUGGCAUCCUGCAUUACCAUUUUUAGCUGUUGGCUCAUAUAACCAGGAAAAAGGUGGAUUUGUAACCAUUUUUGAAGAAACUGGUCAUGCCUUAGAGGGUUGUGACUGGCCGGUGCUGCUAUCAAAUCAAGUAACAGCAUUAGCCUGGCACCCAAUAAGAAAAUUGUUAGUGGUGGGUUGGGAUGGAGGUGAAUUAUACAUUUGGCUGGAAUACUCAUGGGCCAGGUUGGAGGCGCCACACAAUUCUGCCUUAACAACUGUCACUUUCAGUCCUGGAGGUGGUAGACUGUUGGCUUCAGACGCUGCUGGCUCCCUGUCAGGAUGGCAAGCAAGUUCUGGGGCUCCUUUGACAGCUUUCCACCAUCAAUUAGGUGAUGUCAUCACUCAUGUAAAAUUCUGUGCUCCUCAUCCCACAUCAGAGUCCUCCAUCAGAGGAUUGGCUCGGGCGGCAGUUGCAGGUGAUGAAAAUGCCCUGGAUGCUUUGGCUGCUUGGCGGCCUCGUACUACAGCCAAGCUGAGGGAGGGCCUUCAGCCUGACAACCAUGCUUGUUAUGCAGCUCAAGAUAAUGGAGUUAUAUUAUACAUAGACCAUGCUGGAGCCUGUUCAGAAGUGUUAAAUGCCCCAGGCAUCAUAGUAUUCAUGGAUAUUCUAAGCACUGUAUAUCUCCUUGUCGCUUGGGAAACAGGUGGUGCUCUUAGCCUAUCAAGAUUUGCAAUAUCAAGUGAUGGGUCAUUAAUCACAGAUACUCAUGUUCGAAUGACAGCAAGGAAUGGUCAAUCCAUAGUGCUAGCGGGAAACUUCUGUGUAGCUGUUAUAACAGGAGAUAAUUUAAUUAGGAUUUGGGAUAGUGAAACUGGAGACAAUGACGUUUUACCCAAUGAAGAUGAUGAAACUGUCCCAGGGGAUGUAUUCACAAGUAUAAGUUAUUGCAAUUUAAGUGAUACUCUAUGCUGUGGUACUUCACAAGGAAAUUUACACCUGUGGAGAAGGGACCAUAGGAGUAAGUGGAAGUUAAUCAGCAGUACCUCUGUCAAAGGUACUGUGAAAGAAGUAACCUGGGGUUCAGAAGGCUUAAUGAACCCAUUAUUACAUGUUAAUUGUAUUACAAAUGCGUUCAUACUCAGAGAACAAAAUGUUUGUUGGGGCUAUUCCAAUAGUAUUUGGAUGGUACAAAAAUCUGCUCAAGAAAUUGCUAUUACAGGAAAAGCGAAUGUUUCAUCAAGUAUAAAUACAUCAAUUACCAUAAAGGCAUUUGCUUUUAGAGAUAAUUAUGUAGUUUUAGGUGAUGGUAAAGAUGUACAAGUUUGGAUGCGCAAUAAAGAUAAUGAAAUCAAAUUCUCCCUCAUUCGCACAUUUGCAUGGAAAACAGAUGUCCUUAUAUUGUAUAAUGAUUUGAUUGUUGGUAUUGUAAGUCCUCAUAUUGAAUGUUUUAACAUAGCUGGUAAUAAAAUUGGAAUUUUACCCAGUGCUGAAGGAGAAGGUGAACCAAUUGCUAUAACAUGUACAAAUAGAUUCAUAGUUAUUGCAACCAUUGAUGGUACAAUAAAAUUGGCAGAAAUCACUAAAAAGGGUUUAAGGAUGCCAUUCCCCUCCAAAAACUGUUAUCAGAUGAUUGAAGAUUUUGGUGAAAUCAUGAGAUCCUCAGUCAAUGCUUCUGGUCUUUAUAUUUGUUUGAGUAUUGCAAAUGCAGGAUUAGCUCCAGAUCCCAGAAUAUACUUAUGGGAUGUAGCGAAUGACGUGAUCGAUAGUACCCUUCUGUCAAAUGUGAACUCGGCUCCAUAUCACAGCGUGCCUAUUGCAAUAUUAUGGGAUAGUAAUGACCCCCGACUUGUUGGCGUCCAUAUGCGUUCUGCCGAAUUUGAUCACAUUCAUUUAUUUUUUUGCCACGAAAGUAAGCUAUAUGAAUACAAAAAUUGGUGUCUCGUGUCAGAGGAUUACUUUUUAUCUGAUUUUAUAUUAUGUACUCUGUCUUCACCUUAUGUUAUAAUUUUAACGCAACAAAAUAUUAAAAGAAUAUUAAUGAAUGAGUUUGAAGACACCAAUGAUUAUGAACAAGCCAAAUUGAAACAAGUGCUGAAUUUCAUUUACUACAUGACCACAGGGCAUUUAGAAAAAGCUGUCGUAAUGGGUUCUAAUAUCACGGGAAGCAAAAACUCUGUAGUGUGGGAUAGCUUGGCUAAAGUAUGUGUAUCUUUAAAACGAGCCGAUAUCGGAGCUAUUUGUUUGGGUAAAAUGGGAAAUAUAAAGGGAGCUCUAAUGAUGCGCAAAGUCUUAAGUGAGGACAAUAUGGACGAUACAUCUAAAGUUGGAGUCUUGGCGGUUAAUUUGGGCAUGAUUGCAGAAGCAGAGAAAUUGUUUCGAGAAGCUCAGAGACCGGAUCUGAUUACACGUCUGAUGUCAGCAAAAGACGGAGGAUUAAAUGAAAUUAUAAAUGGAGAAAAGGAAGGUGAAAACAUGCUUCUGGUAAAAAGCGCCCAACAUAAACUUGCAAAAGUGCUAUGGGCGAACGGUGAAACUGCAGCGUCAUUGAAGUUAUUCGAAAGUGCGGGGACGCUAGUGCCUCACGUGCCUCGAAUGCUCAUAGCUCAAGGCCAGGCUGCUGUUCUGGCUCAGUAUGUUAUAACAUCGAAUGAUAGCAACUUAAUAAUGUGGUGGGGACACUAUCUUGAAAGUAUUGGUGAUCUCGAUGGAGCAUUAGAAGCUUACACAAGGGCAAAUGAUUUCGGGGAACAAACUCGAUUGCUCUGUCAUAUGGAUAGAAUAGAUGAGGCAGAAAAAUUGUGUCUGAAAAAUUCGUCAUCCUUAUAUCAAAUGGCGCGUUACUUGGAAAUGAAUGCCAACGAAACAGAAAGUGCUGUAAAGCUAUAUAUAAAGUGCGGCGCCAUUUCAUCUGCUGUACGAGUAGCUGCAGAGGCCGGCGCAUGGAACCUCGUGUGGCGCGCGGGCAGUUCCUCCGCCAAACACGCGCUCUAUGCUGCUUCUAUCCUCGAAAACGCUGGCCAAAAUGAGCAUGCCAUAGCUCUGUAUCAAAAAGCAGGAAAGGCUCACAUGGCGUUGAAGUUAGCGCUCAGCUGUGGUGAUACAAAUGCAAUGGUGACUGCUGUUGAGUCGCUUGGAGACAAAGUCGAUCCCGAAUUGGCUCGCACUCUUGCAGAACAUUUGCGACAAGCGGACCAUCAUUCUCACGCGGCCGCUUUACUGGCUACAGCGGGCAAUUAUGAAGAAGCGUUAGAUAUAGUGGAGCAGUCCUCGACGCCACUGUCGGAGGAGCUGAGCGAGAGGCUGGCCGCGCCGGUGGGCGCAGCGGGCCGGGACGCGCUUCUGCGGCGCCUGGCCGACGUGCUGGGCGCGCGCGGCCUGUACCACCAGGCGGCCAAGCGACUGGCACACAUUGGGGACAAGGCGGGUGCACUGCGCUGGCUGAUGCGCUCGGGCGACGCGGACCGCAUCGCGACGUUCGCGGCCGCCAGCCGCGACCGCGCCACGCAGCUCAUGGCGGCCGACUACCUGCGGCGCCGCGCGGCGUGGCGCGACCGUCCCGACCUGGCGCGGCACGUGCUGCACUUCUACACCAGGGCCAAGGCCUACGGGAAGCUAGCCGCAUUCCAUGCCGAGCGCGCCAAAAUGGAAAUCGAUGAUUAUGAGAACUACGAAAAAGCUUUGGAAGCUCUGAAGGAAGCAACACGAUGCAUCGCAAAGUCAUCAGAUGCUGAAAUGAGUGCACAGACGAUCGCACUUCAGGAACAGAGUACGUUUAUCAAACGGUUCCUUGAUGUGAAGAAAGUGUUGCAAAAUGGAGAAAUUAAUACAGGAAUCACAAGUGGUCAACAACUUAUUCAUGCAGUAAGCGGGAGGCCUGGGUUGAUAACAGAAGAAAAAGUGCUUAAACUACUUAUACAAUAUUCCACAGAACACCCGGAAAGGGAAAAGUUAGAAAUGCGGCUGAAAGUUUUGCAGCAACCACCUAAAGAAGAUCAUGCGUCGUCAGAGUCGCCUGAACAAAGUAUAGAAGAAGUUAUUUGAAAUGAAAAUCACGAAAAAAAUAUACAGCCCAUAGUUCA